AUGACGUCAACAUCAUCAAGUUCUGAUGAAGAAUCUUAUUUAAAUGAAGAUUUCUUCAGUACUAUGGCAGAAAAAAUAAACAUGAAGCCUGUUUCAUCACAUGAAAAAUCUCUCGACACCACUCCAGGUGAGAUCAAGAAAUGCUGGGCUGCAAAAAACCCAAUUUCCACGAGAUGUCAAUGUACUAGAUAUCCAGUGGUUUCAGAAAACAUAAGCAGAGAUUAUUUAUACUGCCUUAGGGCAUAUCUCAAGGUGGUUGUUGACAAUGCUGUCAGUGAUAAUGUAAAAACAACUGAUAGAUACUGGAAAGUAAGACCAAUGUUGUCAAUGAUAAGAAAAGUGUGUCUGCAACAUCCUUGUCCAAAAAUGGGUGGACAGAGACCAGUUAAUUCAGAGAUGACACCUAUGCACGAAAAAUUAGAUAUUGGAGGGAAAGUGGUAUUGAAGUUGUCCGAUACAUUGCCAGCAGGAACGAUGAUUUUCAUGAACCGCAUUGGCUUGGCCAAAGAUAGACUUCUCAAACGUGAAGGAAGAGGAAGUUUCGAGCAUAGGGUGAGAGGUGAUGAUGCAAUUGCAAUCGUAAAAUGGCACGAUAAUCUUGCCAUUCAUUUAGCUUCUACCUACUGUGGGGUAAAUCCUGUGGAAACUUAUCGAAGGUGGAGCAUACGGCAAUGUCGGUACAUAGAGAUUCCUCAUCCUUUUGCUGUAAAGAUGUAUAACUCUCACACGGGUGGUGUGGAUCUUAUGGACAUGGUCAUUAGCAAAUAUGCCAUGAGAGGCAGAAUGAAGAAGUGGACAAUAAGGAAUGCUGCAAUUGAAGAGAAGUGCACAAACAGCCCAGAUAGAUAUGAAGAGGAAAGUGAUGAAGAGGAAAGUGAAGAAAGGGAAGAGGACAAUGAAAAGAAGAGAAGAUUAGUUCAGCCAAUACCACCAAUGGCCAAAAGAUACAAAUGUGAUUUGCACAUGCCAAAAAUGAGUACUGAAAAAAAGAACAGUUCAAGAUGCAGAGGAACGGGUUGUUCAAAGCUAAUGAAUGCAAGAUGUUUUGAAUGUAUGGUGCUUUUACCCUUUACUUCACAUGAGGAGGAAUGUAUGUCAUGCAAAUAA